AGAUAAAUGUCUGUCUGCACUGUUGUCAAUGUCUCUCCUGUCCCCUGAUGAUGAGUUCAACAUGUGUGCAGCUUGUCCGUCUUAAUUUCUGCCUCCUCUCUUCUUUUCUUUUUUUUCCUAGGUACAGUCUCGGCUUAAUAAUAAUGUCAUGAGUGUCUGUGUGUAUUUUUUUCUGACUAUUUGUCUGUCUGCUUCUUUUCUGUCUCCUCAUGAAGCAUUUAAAGUCGCUGCCUUACAAAUUAAAGCAGGUUUCUGCCGGAGCACUGCUCAGCUCUAUGAACACAGAUGCCGUGUGUGAGCGCCUCAAACAGAUGGAUGGAAUCGACUCCAGUAUGCUGCCUCAAUACACCUCCAUCAUCAAGAAGGCUAAUAUAAAUGGCCGCGUGCUGUCUCAGUGUAACCUGGAUGAGUUGAAGAAGGAAAUGGAGAUGAACUUUGGUGACUGGCAGCUCUUCAGGGGAAUGGUGAUGGAGCAACGUCAUGCUGAAAGCCAGGCUGUGCUUCAUGAUGAGUCCCGAGCUGUGAGCGAGCAGGGCAGCAGCGUGCACCACGGUGAGCCCGGCAGACGCUCAGGAGCAGCCCCGUCAGAGGCGGCGGGGUUCAGCCUCAACCUCAGCUUCGAGGAGCUCAGCGGGGCCGGGCUGGAGGAGCCUCCGAGACACAGCACCAACUUGCACUGGCCG